AACCCUUUUGCCGUUCAACAACUUUCAAUUAUUUUGAUCACUGCAUUCGGAGUACAAGUCUAGACGACUAGUGAGUGGAGUCGAUCGAGUCGUCUUCCAAGUUCCAACAAUAUAGCAUUUGGUGAGCAGAACAUCUGAAGCUUACACAACAAUGGCGGCAUCCUGGUUAUGGCUUGCCACAUUCUUCACCAUCUUAACUUUCGCUGCUUCCAUUGACGACAAAUGCGCUGCUUGCCAUGCUGUUGCGGAAGAGCUGGAGCAUGGGCUUGCUAAUGAGAAACCAAGGAAUCAUUUGGAUUUGAGAAAUCGUUUGGAUUCAAAGGGACAACGUAGAGGAAAAGUGAUUGAUUACAGAGUAAGCGAGCUAAGAGUAGUUGAACUACUGGAUGGCCUUUGUGAAAAGAUGCAGGAUUACACUCUUCAAAAGGUUGAUUCCAAAAGACAAGAGUGGAUCAAAGUUAACAACUGGGAGAAACUCACAGUUAGCAAGCAAGAAGCCCGAGCACAUUCUAAAGAUAUAUCAUCCUACUGUGGAAGGUUGCUGGAGCAAACUGAAGAUGAGUUGGCAGAGUUGAUAAAAAAUGGGUCUGUUGAACUUGGAGCUGUGGGCAAGGUGUUAUGCGAGGAUCUUAGCCAACACUGCAGAAAGACUAGUGGCUCGAAAAAGGAAGCUGAAAGUGACGAUGAUGAUGAUAUAGAGGAUGAACUUUGAAGCCUUCGAUCUCCAAGCUUCUAUAGCACAGUUUUUAAUCUUGUGUCACAUUACUACUCUGAUACAAUCCAAACGUUCGUGAACGAUGAACUCUCGCUGCUAUAUUCAAGAGUUCCAUCACAUCAAUAGGGCUAGAUAGUGGUACAAAUAGUGUCAUCCUUUUGCUUUUCUCCGGUCCCCAAAGAAAAAGUUUAAUACUACCUCCGUCAAAUGUUAUGUGUAAUUUUGGGGUAUUAUUUGUGAGAUAUAAAAUAUUCCAAAGUUACACAUAACAUUUAACGGAGGUAGUACAAAUUUUGUAUGACAAGGAUUCUUAGAAACAUUAUCCUCUAAUGAGAGAAACAUUCAAGCGAUGUCUGUACUGUCACGGUCGUACACCCUAAUGUUAACUGUCUUUCAGAUCAUUUCACUGUGUUUUUGCAGAAUCAAAUGCCUGUAUUUUUCUCUCCAUUUGAAUUUUUGAGUACUUGACUAG